GUGUUUCUUUAAAAAACAACAAACGUUCGGUUAGUGAGUUUUGUCGCUCCUACCUGUCAAGUGUGUCGGACAAUAGCAACUUGCAGCGGCUGUAAAGUGGCCGUCUUUCAAGCCUCGUCACCGGGGAGAGGAGACGCCGAGCUUCGGUGAGGGCGAACCGUCUUUUCUUCAUUCCCUCACCGUCUCUUUGGACUGCGUGUAUCCGUCUGUGUGCCAUCAAGUUGGGGACUGAAGAAGUAGUUCUUUGACGGCGGAAGAACACUAUUAGUACUUUUCCUGUCGGACGGACUUUUAUUUGUCUUGAAUGGGGGAGGACAUAUUUGUUUUACGUGCGUGUAGUCGACUGUCCACAACUCGCCCAAAAGGGAAUUAAGGAAGAAAUAAUACUCCAACUUCCGAGGUGAACAGGUGCCUUUUUUUUUUUUUUUUUUUUACCUGUAGGCGCCACCUGAGGCCAUGGCGAGCGAGGAGACCUCCGCCACGCCGGGCAACGUGGCUCUCAACCCCGCCGUGCCUAUUCGGGGCAUCCGCAUGAAAUUCGCCGUGCUGACCGGUCUGAUGGAAGUCGGGGAAGUGUCCAACCGGGACGUCGUGGAGACCGUCUUCAACCUGCUGGUCGGCGGACAGUUCGACCUGGAGAUGAACUUCAUCAUCCAGGAGCCUGACAGUAUCGUGUGCAUGGUGGAGCUCUUGGACAAGUGUGAGCUCACCUGCCAGGCGGAGGUGUGGAGCAUCUUCACCGCCAUCCUCAAAAAGAGCGUUCGCAACCUACAGGCGUGCACCGACGUGGGCCUCAUCCAGCUGGUGCUGCAGCGCGUGUCGGCCACUGACAGCAUGAUCGCAGACCUGCUGGUGGACAUGCUGGGCGUGCUGGCCAGCUACAGCAUCACGGUCAAAGAGCUGAAGCUGUUCUUCAGCAAGCUUCAAGGAGAGAAAGGCCAGUGGCCUCGUCAUGCAGUGAAGCUUCUGUCAGUGCUGAAGUACAUGGCUCACAGGAAUGGACCUGACUCCUUCUUCAGCUUCCCCGGGAAAAACGCUGCUGCCAUAGCUCUUCCACCUAUUGCAAGGUGGCCUUACCAGAAUGGCUUUACAUUCCAUACGUGGCUGCGCAUGGACCCUCUCAACAACAUCAAUGUGGACAAAGACAAGCCUUACCUCUACUGUUUCCGCACCAGUAAAGGCCUCGGCUACUCGGCACACUUCGUGGGCGGCUGCUUGAUCGUGACCUCGUUAAAGUCCAAGGGGAAAGGGUUCCAGCACUGUGUGAAGUUUGACUUCAAGCCGCAGAAGUGGUACAUGGUGACCCUGGUGCACGUCUACAACCGCUGGAAAAACAGUGAAAUUAGCUGCUACGUCAACGGAGAGCUGGCCUCCUUCGGGGAGAUCGCCUGGUUCGUCAACACCAGCGACACGUUUGACAAGUGCUUCCUGGGCUCCUCCGAGACGGCGGACGUCAACCGUGUCUUUUGUGGCCAGAUGGGGGCGGUCUACUUAUUUGGAGAGGGCCUGAAUGCCGCUCAGAUCCUGGCCAUCUACCAGCUCGGUCCAGGUUACCAGGGCACGUUCAAGUACAAGGCCGAGAGUGACUUGCUGUUCGCGGAGCACCACAAGACCCUGCUGUACGACGGCAAGCUGUCCUCCUGCAUCGCCUUUGCCUACAACCCUCGCGCCACAGACGCCCAGCUCUGCCUGGAGUCCUCCCCGAAGGACAACGCAUCCAUUUUUGUCCAUUCGCCACAUGCGCUCAUGCUUCAGGAUGUGAAGGCGGUGGUGACUCAUUCGGUUCAGAGCGGCAUACACUCCAUCGGCGGAGUGCAGGUCCUCUUCCCACUCUUUGCACAGCUGGAUUUUUGCCAGCCCUCCAGCCACGAGCUGGACACCUCUGUCUGCUGCACGCUGCUGUCCUUUGUCAUGGAGCUCCUGAAGAACUCUCUGGCUAUGCAAGAGCAGGUUCUGGCCUGCAAAGGCUUCCUGGUCAUCGGGUACACUUUGGAGAAGUCCUCCAAGGUCCACAUGACGCGGCCCGUCCUGGAUAUCGUCCUGGCCUUCUCCAGAUACCUCAGCAACUUGCAGAACGGCAUCUUGUUGCUCAAGCAGCUGUGCGACCACAUUCUGUUCAACCCUGCCAUUUGGAUCCAUGCCCCUGCCAAGGUGCAACUCAGUCUGUACACGUACCUGGCCACGGAGUUCAUCAGCACCGUGACCAUCUACAACGCCAUCCGCAGGGUGGGCACCGUGCUGCAGGUCAUGCACACGCUCAAGUACUACUACUGGAUCGUCAACCCGCAGGAUCGCAGCGGAGUCGUGCCCAAAGGCCUCGACGGCCCAAGGCCCACCCAGAAGGAAAUACUGUCUUUGCGAGCCUUUCUGCUUUUGUUCGUCAAGCAGCUCAUAAUGAAGGACCAAGGUGUGAAGGAGGAUGAGCUACAGAGCAUCCUCAACUAUCUCCUCACCAUGCAUGAGGAUGACAAUCUAAUAGAUGUGCUGCAGUUGUUGGUGGCAAUGAUGUCUGAGCACCCAGGAUCCAUGGUGCAGGCCUUCGACCAACGCAACGGCAUUCGAGUGAUUUACAAGCUUUUGGCCUCCAAGAGCGAAGGAAUACGAGUACAGACGCUGAAAGUGUUGGGUUACUUCCUGAAACAUCUGACACCCAAGAGGAAGUCCGAGGUCAUGCUGAGUCAGAGCCUUUUCUCUCUGCUCACGGAACGCCUGACGCUCCAUGCGGACCAGUUCUCCAUGACGACCUACAACGUGCUCUUCGAGAUCCUCACAGAGCAGAUCUGCACACAAGUGAUCCAUAAACAACAUCCAGACCCGGACUCCAGCGUGAAGAUCCUCAACCCGCAGAUUCUGAAAGUCAUAGCCGCCUUGCUAAAAAGCUCCCCGUCGUCGCCUGAGAGCAUGGAGGUGCGCAAGGUGUUCUUGUCCGACAUGAUCAAGCUGUUCAACAACAGCAGAGAGAACCGCAGGAGCCUGCUGCAGUGCUCGGUGUGGCAGGACUGGAUGCUGUCGCUGUGCUUCAUCAAUCCACAGAGCAGCGAGGAGCAGAAAGUCACGGAGAUGGUGUACGCCGUCUUCCGCAUCCUGCUCUACCACGCCAUCAAGUACGAGUGGGGCGGCUGGCGGGUCUGGGUAGACACUUUGUCCAUCACACACUCCAAGGUCACCUUUGAGCAGCACAAAGACAGCCUGUCCCGCAUGUUCCGCCAGUACCAGUCUGCGGGGUCUCUGGGAACCAUCCGAACCGUGUCUGGAGUCAGCCAGAGCUCAGAGACCACGGUUUGUGUGAACGGACAACCACCAGAGGGCACGCCCCCGUCCACCGUCAUCGAGCUCACUGUGGACACAGAGCCUUCCGCUGACCCGUCUCCUGGAGAGGCGUCCAUCACUGUGUCCAAAGUGGUGGAGGACGAGCAAAAACUGGCUCUGGAGGCUUCUGAUGAACAAGUUGAGGUUCAGGUUGUGGUCGAUGAACAGAAUGAAAGUGCAAACCAACAAGUGGUUCCGCAGACUGAUGAUAACGGCACACAACAACUUGGAACAGGUGACGACGAGCUGGAGAAAGAUGUGGACAACAAACAAACGUCUGUGUCCAAAGACCCUUCAGAUGAAGUAGACUCAGCGACUCCGGUGUUGUCGGAAGAAGUUGGCAACAACGACCAAACGUCCCCGGAGCCCGACACCUCUCUGGACAACAGCGCAGUGGGUGGUGCCUCGGUCUUCAACGAGGAUUUGGUUGAUGUGUCCUCUGUUAGCGACAGCCAAGAGGAGUACUCGUAUACCUCGGCUGCGCCCGAAGACCAAGUGGCGGCGACGGUAAAGGAGGAAGAGGGAAAAGGAGGAAAUGACGGACAGGAUGUGAAGGAAGAAGACAAAGAAAAGCAAAAGAUUAUAGUCCAGGAAACCAAUGAAGAAGGUCAGAGUGUAGAGGCUGCACCAGGUGACACACCAGAACCAAAUGUCACAGAGCCACAGAAAGAACCAGUCCAAGAAGAAUUGUCGGACCAGCAGACCACAGUGACCUCUACUGACCAGGACACAGCUGAGGUCUUGUCAUCCCUCUCGGACGCCACAACCACCAGCACUGCUCCCGCUACGGCGGACGUUCCAUCCAAGGGCCCGGUAGCAAGCACUGCCGUCCAGAAGACCAAAGAGGUCAAGAUAGCCCGACUGGAUGUGGCCAACGUGGCUUUAGACACCGAGAGGCUGGAACUGAAGGAGACACACGCAACGGAGACAAGCCAAGGACAAGCGGCAGCCACCGCAGGUCCCUCGGGCCAGCCGAGAGAGAGUGGAACCUCAGCGCCGAGAUCCACCAUGUUCCGCAUCCCAGAGUUCCGCUGGUCCCACAUGCACCAGCGUCUCCUCACGGACCUGCUGUUUGCCAUCGAGACGGACGUGCAAAUGUGGAGGAGCCACUCCAGCAAGACGGUUCUGGACUUUGUGAACAGCGCCGACAACGUGGUGUUUGUGCACAACAGCGUGCACCUCAUCUCCCAGGUGGUGGACAACCUGGUCAUGGCCUGCGGAGGCAUCCUGCCGCUGCUCUCCGCCGCCACCUCCUCCUCCCACGAGCUGGAGAACAUCGAGGCGUCCCAGGGCCUGACGCUGGAGGCCUCCGUCACCUUCCUGCAGCGCCUCGUCAGCCUCGUGGACGUGCUGGUCUUCGCCAGCUCGCUCAACUUCACCGAGAUCGAGGCGGAGAAAAACAUGUCGUCGGGAGGCAUCCUGCGCCAGUGCCUCCGCCUCGUGUGUGCCAUGGCUGUGAGGAACUGUCUGGAGUGUCAGCAAGCACACUUGAAGCACACCAAAGAAUGCAACGCCGCCCUUCCGGCCAAAUCUGUGUCGGCACAGAGUCCAGUGGAUGCGGUCACAGGCGGACUGUCUCCCGUGCGAGACUUUGAGCGACUGCUCCAGGACAUGGACAUCAACCGCCUCAGGGCUGUCGUCUUCAGAGAUAUUGACAAUAAGCAGGCUCAGUUUCUGGCUCUGGCCGUGGUCUAUUUCAUCUCCGUCCUCAUGGUGUCCAAGUACCGUGACAUCCUGGAGCCCCACAAUGACAAGAAACACGCUCAGAGAUCACAGUCUGGGAGGAGCACAGAUAUCGGUGCCUGUUCUGCCGCCAUGGAAACGGAGAACGGCGUCUCCCUCCGGCGUUACGAUUCCGGCAUCGUUGACGACCACACCUCGACCGCUGUCAGCGAGGCCGAUCUCUCAUCCUCGCUCCCGACCCACGGCGGCCCGGACGCCAUCUCGGAGGCCCUGUCCACGCUGUCCUCGGAGGUCAAACCCACCGCCGUGCACGGCGACGCCAAGGGCAAAAACGUGAAGGACAUCCUGCGCAGCCUCGUGAGCGGCACGCCCGAUGACCUGGCGGUGGAUCCAAGCCUGCUGCCUCCAGCCUUUCUAGGAGGCCUCAGUGACAUCGGAAAAGACUCCCUGCAGAUUCGCUCCUUUGACAGGAGCGUGGUGCUCGCGCCCAAGAAAGCCGGCCUGACGUCUCAGGUUUCCACCACGGCCUCCUCCGCGCCCGCCGUGCCUGUUGGGACGCCUGCUGAUGGUGUGGCUGUGGUAUCUUCUGGAGAUACGUCGCAGGGUAGCGGCACCUCUGCAGACGCCGGCGGCCAGGUUCCAGCCAGCGCCAGCUUGCCAUCUGUCCCCCAGCUCUCCCCUGUGACCCAGCACACGGCCCCCAGUAUGAGCAUCUCGGAGCGUCUGGAGCACGCGCUGGAGAAGACCGCCCCCCUGCUGAGGGAGAUCUUUGUGGACUUCGCCCCCUUCCUCUCCCGCACGCUGUUGGGCAGCCACGGCCAGGAGCUCCUCAUCGAGGGCACCAGCCUGGUGUGCAUGAAGUCCAGCAGUUCGGUGGUGGAGCUGGUCAUGCUUCUGUGUUCACAGGAAUGGCAGAAUUCCAUCCAGAAGAACGCAGGUCUGGCCUUUAUCGAGCUGGUCAACGAAGGCAGACUCCUGAGUCACACCAUGAAGGACCACCUGGUCCGCGUGGCCAACGAAGCAGAGUUCAUCCUCAGUCGGCAGAGGGCCGAAGACAUCCAUAAACAUGCUGAUUUUGAGUCCAACUGUGCUCAGUAUGCCGCCGAGAAGAGGGACGAGGAGAAAAUGUGCGACCACCUGAUCCGUGCCGCCAAGUACCGCGACCACGUGACGGCCACGCAGCUCAUCCAGAAGAUCGUCAACAUCCUGACCGACAAGCACGGGGCCUGGGGCAGCUCGUCCAUCAGCCGACCAAGAGAGUUCUGGCGCCUGGACUACUGGGAGGACGACUUAAGGCGGCGACGCCGCUUCAUCAGGAACCCCUUCGGCUCCACCCACUCCGAGGCCACGCUGAAAGCCGCCACCGAGCACGCAUCAGAAGAAGACAUCCUGAAAGGACAGCAGUCCAUCAAGGGCGGUCAGCCUCUGGCCCAUCAGAACUCUGAGAGCGACGCCUCUCUCGACGGGGACGACGACACGCUGUCGUCUUUGGAGGAAAAAGACUUGGAGAAUUUUACGGGCCCGGUCAACCUGAGCACAGGGGCCCAGCUGGUGGCUCCGGCCGCGGUGGUGAAAGGAACCCUGUCAAUCACCGCCUCCGAGCUCUACUUCGAGGUGGACGAGGACGAGCCCGGCUUCAAGGCCAUCGACCCAAAGAUAUUGGCGUACACGGAAGGUCUGCACGGAAAAUGGCUGUUCACGGAGAUCAGGGCCGUCUUUUCCAGGCGGUACCUCCUGCAGAACACCGCCCUGGAGAUCUUCAUGGCCAACAGAACCGCCGUCAUGUUCAACUUCCCCGACGCCGCUGCCGUCAAGAAGGUGGUCCACAGUCUUCCUCGCGUCGGCGUCGGCACCAACUUUGGCCUGCCGCAGACCAGGCGUAUCUCUCUGGCCACACCAAAGCAGCUGUUCAAGGCCUCCAACAUGACUCAGCGUUGGCAACGCCGCGAAAUCUCCAACUUCGAGUACCUCAUCUUCCUCAACACCAUCUCUGGCCGGACCUUUAACGACCUGAACCAGUACCCGGUCUUCCCGUGGGUCAUCACCAACUACGAGUCGACCGAACUUGAUCUGACCUUGCCCAGCAACUUCAGAGAUCUGUCCAAGCCCAUCGGCGCACUGAACCCCAAGCGGGCCGCCUUCUUCUCCGACCGCUACGAGUCUUGGGACGACGACCAGGUGCCCAAGUUCCACUACGGCACCCACUACUCCACCUCCGGCUUCACGCUCAUGUGGCUGCUGCGCAUGGAACCCUUUACAACGUUCUUCCUCAACUUCCAAGGAGGGAAGUUCGACCACGCUGAUCGCACCUUCUCUUCCGUGUCUCGAGCCUGGAGGAACUGCCAGAGAGACACGUCUGAUGUCAAGGAGCUGAUCCCAGAGUUCUUCUACCUCCCCGAGAUGUUUGUCAACACCAACACGUACAACCUGGGGGUGAUGGAGGACGGCAUCGUGGUCUCCGACGUGGAGCUGCCCCCCUGGGCCAAGACGCCCGAGGAGUUUGUGCGGAUCAAUCGGCAGGCUCUGGAGAGCGAGUUCGUGUCCUGCCAGCUCCACCAGUGGAUCGAUCUGAUCUUCGGCUACAAGCAGCAAGGGCCCGAGGCCACCAGAGCCCUCAACGUGUUCUACUAUCUCACCUAUGAGGGCGCCGUCAACUUGAACUCCAUCAGUGAGCCCGUGCUCCGAGAGGCUGUGGAGUCUCAAAUCCGAAGUUUCGGGCAGACCCCCUGCCAGCUGCUCAUCGAGCCGCACCCGCCCCGGAGCUCGGCCAUGCAAGUGUAUCUUCUCCUGCAGACGCCGCUGAUGUUUACAGAGCAGAUGCAGCAGGACGUCAUCAUGGUGCUCAAGUUCCCGUCCAACUCUCCCGUCACUCACGUGGCCGCCAACACGCAGCCGGGCCUGGCGGCGCCCGCCGUCAUCACGGUCACCGCCAGCCGCGUCUUCGCCGUCAACAAGUGGCACGGCCUUUCAGGUCAUCCCAGCUCGGCCGUGCAGGACCAGCAGUACCAACUUCCUGUGGAGAUCGACCCUCUUAUAGCCAGCAACGUAGGGAGUCACCGGCGCCAGAUUUCGGACCUCCUGGACCAGAGCAUCCAGAUCAGCUCGCAGUGUUUCGUGGUGACGGCUGACAAUCGCUUCAUCCUGCUGUGCGGAUUCUGGGACAAGAGCUUCAGGAUCUACUCCACAGACACAGGCAAACUGACUCAGAUCGUGUUCGGGCAUCGCGACGUGGUGACGUGUCUGGCUCGCUCCGAGUCCUACAUCUUAGGAGACUGCUACAUCCUGUCGGGCUCCAGAGACGCCACCCUGCUGCUGUGGUACUGGAAUGGCAAGCUCAACAGCAUCGGGGACAGUCCGGGAACAGAGUUCACCACACCGCGGGCCAUCCUGACGGGUCACGACUGCGAGGUGACGUGCGCCAACGUGUGCGCCGAGUUGGGCCUGGUCAUCAGCGGCUGCAAAGAGGGACCCUGCCUGAUCCACUCCAUGAACGGGGACCUGCUCAGGACCCUGGAGGGCCCCGAGUGCUGCACGCAGCCCCGCCUCAUCCAGGCGUCCACGGAGGGACACUGCGUGGUCUACUACGAGAAGGGACACUUCGGCGUCUUCAGCGUCAACGGCAAGCUGCUGCGCCACAUGCAGGUGGAGGACAGCGUCAAGGCCAUGCUGCUGAGUCGUGACGGUCAGUACUUGCUGACGGGCGGCGACGGCGGCGUCAUCUCCGUGCUGCAGGUGCACGACCUCAAGCCGCUCUUCACCUACCCGCCCUGCGACGCCGGCAUACGCUCCAUCGCCAUGUCACAUGACCAAAGGUGCAUCAUCACAGGCAUGGCGUCGGGCAGCAUCGUGCUGUUCUACAACGACUUCAACAGGUGGCACCACGAGUACCAGACCAGGUACUGAGCCCAGUACCGGACCAGGUACUGAGCGGAGUACCGGACCAGGUACUGAGCCAAGAACCGGGACGUCUAGCAAGCUGACUGUGGCGCAGUGACGCCCUACUUCCUCUUGGCGGCGCUGCCGAGUCCACGCCGAUGAAUGUAAACACAAAGGAAGUUUUUGUU